AUGAUGUUCGGCAUUGCUUGCGCUCCAGCGGUUUGGCAAAGGUUCAUGGAGAAGUUGGUGGGAGACAUUCCGGGAGUUACUGUGUUCCUCGAUGACAUCAAACUUACUGCACCCGACGAUGCAACACACCUUGAACGAUUGGAAGAAAUCUUACGCCGUCUAGAUAAUCACAAUAUGAGGGUCAACCUUGAUAAACAAGGCAUCCACAAAAUGAAACAAAAAGUGGAGGCUAUUCAAAACAUGAAAACGCCAACCAACAAAGACGAAGUCCGCUCUUGCUUGGGAUUGUUGCAGAAUAAAGUUGAGUUCAAUUGGGAUGCCAAAUGUGAAAAUGCCUUACAGUCAAUAAAAGACGUUAUGCAAUCGGACAUUGUGCUGACCCACUAUGAUCCUAAAUUACCAAUUACACUAGCUGUGGACGCGAGCCCGACCGGGGGGGCGGAGAACACCAACGCCGAUGCAAUGUCGAGGUUACCUUGCCCGGAAAAAUACUAUUGUAUUGAAGAGGUGGAUAUUAUUGAGUACGAAGCGAUACAAAACAAGCCAGUGACCGUAGAGGAGCUAAGUAUAAAAACAAAAGCAGAUCGGGAAGUACACAAAUUGGUCGAAUGUCUUAAAUAUGGUCGCGAAUGCGAUGCAAAGGACCGAUUUGGAGUAGAACAGAUGGAAUUUACGCUACAGAAAGGCUGUCUUUUGCGUGGUAUCAGGGUCUACAUACCAAAACCCUUACGCAAGCGAGUACUACAGGAACUACAUACAGCUCAUUUCGGAAUGUCGAAAAUGAAAAGUCUUGGUCGAGCAUAUUGUUGGUGGCACAACAUGGAUAGAGAUAUCGAAAACUUGGUAUCGAAUUGCAACGCAUGCCAGUUGAUAAGAGCAGAACCGAAAAAGAAUACACCAGUGCAUUGUUGGGCAACACCUACAAAGGUGUUCGAAAGAGUCCAUGCGGACUAUGCAGGCCCAAUAUUUGGAAGGUACUUAUUCGUACUUGUAGAUGCGUUUAGCAAGUGGCCCGAAGUACAUAUUGUCCCGAAUAUGAAUACUGAAACUACAAUACAACGGUGCGAAGAUAUUUUUGCUACUUUCGGGUUGCCCAACGUUUUCGUGAGCGACCACGGAACGCAGUUUAAUUCAAAGGCGUUCCAAAGUUUCUUGAAAAACAACGGCAUCACACAUAAACAAGGCGCACCGUACCACCCUGCGACUAAUGGCCAAGCGGAAAAGUUUGUGCAAACGGUAAAGACCAAACUACGUUCAGCUAAUUGCACUUCGAAUAGUAUGAAUCGCGAGCUGGCAAACAUUCUAAUGGCUUAUCGUCGAUCAAUUCACCCUGCAACAGGGAAAUCACCCGCGAUGAAUAUGUUUGGUCGGCAGAUCCAAUCCAAAUUAGAACUAUUGCUCCCAAGUAACAGCAGAAGCGACCAAGAACGCCCACCUAAGAAGCAAUUCCUCGUAGGGGACAAAGUUGCAGUGCGAGAUUAUCUAUCGAGCGCUAAGUGGCAGUUUGGAAUAGUCAAAGAGGUACUGGGUAGUUUACACUACGACAUUCGUUUAGACGACGGUAGAACGUGGAAGAGGCAUGUGGACCAAAUGAGAAAAGUAGGCGAGGGAGUGAUCCAUUCAAGGAAAAUGCCAGAAGAGCCGGAAAAAGUGGAUCAGAGGAAAGAUGACCAGAUAACGCUGUACGAGGCCACGACAUUUCAGCCCUCAGCGAGCCUAGCCGAUCGACCCAUAGCCGACGAACCUACCAUAGCCCGAGAGAAGAAUGAUUCUCCACAGCGUCAGACGACAACGGAAAGUGAGACGAAUAAUACAGAUGACACCACUGUUCGAAGAUCAACACGUAACCGGAGGGUACCGGAACGAUAUAAAGACUUUACGACAUAG